AUGUUGAAGGGUUUAAAGAAAAAUAAGGUAGAGGAUAGCAAAGAAAGAAAGCAAGAAACAGAUAUUCUUGAGCCACAAAAGAAAUGGAAGAAAACUGAUAAAAAGAGCCAUAAAUAGGAAGAAGAAGAGCAUCACGAGGAAGUUUUUUAGUAAGAAUAAGUUUUAGGAAAACUAUGUGAAGAGCUAUGGAAUUAGUUUUCUAAAGGUGAGACUAUCAAAGCUACUAAGACUUGCGAAAAGCUUUUCAUAGAAUAGGAUGAGUAUUACCAGAAUACUUUCAGAGGAGAGGUUAAAAAUGCAGGUUUGCUUGAGUUGGAUAAGGAGUUGUUUGAUGAUACUGAGGUGUAAAAAACAUAUGCCUCAUUUAAUGCAGAACAAUACAGAGAAGCAGUGAAGAUUGAGAGAAAAAAUAACUAGGUUAAACAUAAUUAUGAUGACAUAGCUGUUGAUUUUUUCAAGAAAUAUAGAAACACUUAUGAUGAUAAUGAGUUACUUGAUUAAGAAUAUACUAACAAGCAGCUUAAUGCAAUAGGAGACAAAGAAGAGCAUGAAAAUAAAAAGAAAUCUAAAAAGGAAGAAAAAAUAUAACAAAAGAAAUAAAAAAAAGAAGAGCAAUACUAAUUCUUUGCAUAAAAAAAGUUAGACAAUACAUUAGAAAGUUGCAAAUACUGCUUUAGCAAUAAAUAAAUAUAGGCAGAAUAAAUUAUUUCAAUAGGAACCUCAACUGCUUUGAUUAUUCCAUAAUAUGUAAAAUACGAGAAGAUCUUUCAUCUUUACAUUGUUCCUUUUGAUCAUUACUCAAGCUUAUCUGAUGUUGAUGAAGAAGUUUAUGAGGAAAUUAGAAAUUUUUAGAAAUGCUUAGUGCAAGCUUUUGAUAAAAAAGAUUAUGAAGUCUUAUUUAUUGAAAACUCAGUCAAUUUAAAAAGCUUACCUCAUUUAAUUAUUGAAUGUGUUACUCUCCCUAGGAAUACUGCAGCAGAAAUACCAGUUUAUUUCUAGCAAGGAAUAGAAAAUAUGGAGUCUGAUUGGAACACUCACAAAAAGCUCUAUAAAAUAACUAGAGAAUAAGGUGGAAUCAGAAGCUAAAUUCCUAAAGGAUUCCCAUAUUUCUAUGUUGAUUUUGGUUUGAGAUAUGGCUAUGCCCACGUUGUUGAAGACGAAAAGGCUUUUUCAAAAAACUUUGCUCAUGAAAUCAUAUGCAACAUCUUAAAUUUAGAAAAACCAAAAGUUUUAUAUCCAGAAAAGGCAUCUCGUGAUAAAAUAUAAAAUAUAAAAGAAUCAUUUUUGCCAAUUUGGAAAAACUAUGAUUGGACAACCUGCUUGUGA